AUGGUUGCAGCAAGGCCUCGCAAGGCUGGAACUUAUCCUACUACAGCUCAGGUACCUUCUUCAGCUAAUGCAUCGUCGAUUUCUAGUUACACCAAUAGUUCAAAUAGUAAGACUGUUGGAUCGGGAAUUACUAGACGACCCAGCGAAAAUAUGCUACUAAACAUGGCAGAAGGGAAACAGAGUCAAAACCAAAACCAACAGCAGCAGCAACAACAACAUCAAACGCACAAUCCUCGCUCUUCUGCAAAUGGCUCCGAAGAGUCAGACCAUGUACUGUCUUUCAAACCUCCAAAUAGAAAAGCAGUGUUGAUUAAGAAUGAGAGACCAAUUUCUAACGACUCCAUAAAUACCGAAGGUGAUGUAUUCUCUAUUAAUGCCGGUUCUUCUAAGGAUUCGUCCAGGGGAACCUCAAUUAUCGAUGAUGAUGACGAUGAAAACCAUGAUACUGAGCAAAGUGCAGUAUUGGACGGGAAAGUUAGCGCUAAUGUAAUGCCAAGAGGGAAGAAAUCUUUUUCCUCUGUGAAGCAAAACCCUGUUACACCACAUUCUUCGGUGACAGACGGAUUAGACGAUGUUUCUCAUUUAACAGAUACGUCGUUUUCUGAUGCUGAUUUAUCUGUAACGACAGUGAAAGUUGCUAGUGCACCAAAGUCGAUGAAUACGAAGUACAUUUUCAAUAAUCCCGGAUCUCAGGGGAAAAGCGUAGCACCCGAUGCCUUCCAAAGUGUGGACUCUUCUCCCAAACUUACGAGAUCUAUGUUUUCAACUGUAAAUCCUACAGCCAUGCAUAGUAGUUAUGACCAACAUUCUCAAUUACAUGGCCAAUCGCAACCACUGCAUAAUACACAUCCAUUAGCCACUUCACUUCAUUCCAAAAGUGUGCCGGCUUUACCUUCAGACUCAUUGAAUGGAAAGAAACCCUUGACACCAUCACAACGUUAUAGAUUGCGUAGAGAGCAGAAUAAACUACAUUUACAACACAGCAUAAAACAAAAAGAACUCUUUUACGAUGAGGACGCAAAACUCCCAGCAAAUGAUCUUCUUGAUGAAAGUCUUGUUUGGAGUAUACCUACUGCAUCACAUAGUUCAACUUUCAUUUCGCAACGGAAACACAGAGCGUCUGUACCUAAUGUUGGUAGAAGUGCAAAGCUACUGGAUGGACACGACAUGCCACCAUCUCCAAUCCCCGGAGUACAAAAAGUAUCAGAUCUGGAAUACUUCCAACAAGUUGGCAAGAAUCUAAGCGCUGUUUAUCAGAAAUCGGAAUACGAGGUAACGAAGUCUAAGCUGUUGGAACGUACUCAAUCAGCAGAACUUCUACCGUUAGAUUUCAAGAAUGCAAGCGUUGAAGGUAUGGAAGAUUUAAAACUUGUCAGUGACGAUAAAGUGUCCAUCAUUUCUAGUACUAGACCUUGUUGGUUACCUCCAAAAGAUACAGAAGAAAGAAGAUCUCAUGAAAGAGAUGUUCGGAAGACUUUAAGCAUGGCUAGUAUAGAAAAGCUGGAGACAAACCAAAGACGUCACGAGCAAGAGAUCAAAAAUGAAACAAACAAUCAGAAGUUAGUUUUGCUUAUUGAUAGAGGAUUGAAUAGAAAAUCAUCUUUGCAGGAUCUAAAAAAGAUUGCUUGGGAAACAGGCUUUUCCUCAGCCAGAAGAUCUUUUAUUUAUAACACUGUGUUGAACACGGAUUUUAACAUUAUUUCUACCAAGUAUAUGGACGAUACGAGUAGUUUAGACAACAUCAUAAGGUCUAAAAUGACUCCAUUCCCAAGUACCCAAAUGGCUGAGAUUAAUAAAUUAGUGGACGAUAUGCAUUUUCCAGUUGAAUCACAGAUAAGAUCAAAACUGAUCAAGUUAUUGCAGUGGAAGUCAAUCUCUAGAUUCGGAUUACAGACUGGAGAUAACUAUUUGAUGCUCCAUUUCCUUUUAGAGGGAUACGACCUAGAGCUAAUCUGGAAGCUAGCAAACCUGCUACAACUGACUUGUUUCAACUCAAUUACAAGGGAUAAAUACGAUAAUCGUAUAAUGAACAGGGAUGGUGUAGUCGGGAGAUACAUGAGAAAGGAUUCAGCCUUUGCGGAAGAAUUCGACUCAAGGUACUUGAACUAUAUGACAUUCUGGAACUGUCUGGCUCGAGUAGAUCACGAUCUAUUUAUAUGGAUCAUGGAUAUAAUUGUAGCAGAGAACGCCAGAGCAUCACGCUGGACAGAAGAGUGGCAACAUCAGCUACGGAAUACUGAUUGGGACACCUUUAAAGAAAAGUAUAUCGUUGUGAAUUAUAAAGUCUUGUGCUCUCUCUCUUUAAACGUUUUGCUAAGGUACCAUUUUGGCUGGAACAAUCUACUUCAUCUAGACGAACUACCACCGUCAUUCCAAUUAGUAAAACCAGUUGACAAUCGCGAACCGGUGAGUGACCAAUAUUUGGUAUUUAUUAAGAAAUGGAAUCACUAUUAUGCCAAAUUCUAG